AUGAAGGCUGAACCCAUCAGCUUUUAUUACUUUCAGCACUCCAUGCUAUGGGCGCUGAUCGUUGGUGUAAUUCUGGCGUUUCUUCUUGGCGCUGGAAUGGGUGGCAAUGAUGUGGCAAAUGCUUUCGGUACUUCUGUAGGCAGUGGAGUGCUGACAAUAAUACAGGCCUAUAUAAUGGCCAGUAUAUUUGAAACACUUGGAGCAGUAUUAGUAGGUUGGUCAGUGACGGACACAAUGCGAAAAGGUGUGGUCGACACCGAACAGUAUGUCAACAGUCCAAAGGAGCUGAUGCUGGGACAGGUGGCCAUAUUAGGAGGUUUGUGA